GCAACGUACAAAAUUAGUAUAGUGGAACGUCAGUAGACGGCGAUACGUACGCUACGUAAUUAAUCAAACUGAACAUAACAUACAUAACAUAAUAUAAAAUAACCGAACCAUGUCAAUUUGAAUUCAUAAUAUUUCACCUCAUCCGAGGUAUGAACGCAAGUCAUAAGAAAAGGUAGACAAAUUUGAAAGUAUUAAAUUAUUGGAAUACUCUGGAAUUAUUUGGAAAUAUGGUAAUGCAAGCAGCUAUUGAGAUAUAAUCAGUUACGUCCGACAGUUAAGGAAUUGAUUGUUAAAAUGUCUCAUUCCGUGGGAAAGCUAAUGGAUAAAAAAUGUCAACCAGUGCAGUCAUUAGAAUAUUUUACCGAUAUAAAAAAGAUGCAUGGAAGGGCUGAACCAGUGAGAUUGACUCAAGCUUUCAUUCAUCCUGGACACGCUGAAUCAUGUCGAAAAGCAACAAGAGAAAAAGCGCAACCAGUAAAAGUAAAGGAACUUUUAAAGGAGUUGCGAAGCACAAAUCCAAGCCGUAAAAAGAGUAGACUUGAAACAGAACAAUCCUUCAGACUUAGCGUACGACGAAAAUUAUAUAAUUCUCCAAAGGUAAUGGAAAACUUGAAUUUUAUUGCUGAGACAAAUAAACCUGCAAUAGUACCACAAAAAAGUAUUUGUGUGAAUAAUAAAAAUGAGAGUGCAGGAUCUAAUGUAUUUAAAGUACCAAUGCAGAAACUAAAAAAUGUUGCUGCUUCAGGAAGCCAACGAAAAAGUAUGUUACUACCCCCAAAUACCAUAAAAAACAGAUACACAAGAAUGAAAGACUCUUUGAGCUUAGCAUCAAAUAUAAAAGCUACACCUGUAAAAACCACCAUUAAACUUAAAGCUUCUGAAAAACUAGGAACUGUAGUAGAAGCACCCAAUUCAAAUGAAUUGCUGAUGGAUAAUUUAGUUAAUGCUGAAAAUACCAUCAACGGUAACGAAUUGAAUACAAUUGUUACAGCUGAUGUCGAUAACGAGGUAAAGGAUAACAAUAUUAACAUUAACCCAUAUAAUAUAAACUUAAAUUCGAUAAUUAAUAUUGAUAAACAACAUCUAAUCCGCUUACAAUCACAUUGCCAAGAGACGAUAUUCGCUCGUGAAAAAGAAUUGAGUGAAUUGAAGCAAAUGUUAGUCCUCAUUAAAAAUUUAUUGGAAUCUGAGACAUCAAAGAACGUAAGAGCUUGUUUGUCCACUGAGGUAACAGACACUGUAUCACAGAAAGAAUCAGACAAGUUAACUGCAAUAGGAAAUGGAGCACAUCAAAAUGAUCAGCAGACGGAAGUUUUAUCAAAAGAAGUUGUUGACGAAGAGAGUAUAGAAUUGACACAAAAUAAGGCCCAUGAAGAGAAUAUCAAUUCCUCUCAAAGAGUAGACUCACCACAAACUAUGAAUGAACUACAAAUUGAUGAGAAAAAAUUUAAGACUAUGAAAAACAUGGAGGAAGAUAAGGAAAAUUUCAAGACACCAAGUAGGUCUGAGAAAUCUAUUAAAAAAUCAGAACAUUUUCAACAGAGGAGAAGAUCUGCUAGACUGGCUGCUAUAGAAAUGAAAUUGAAUCAAGCAGAAAUUGAUAAUUGUACAAUAUCAAAGAAUGACCAAAUUCUGAAUGAUAAUGUUAAUUGUAGCAAUCAAUGCACUCCAGUUUUUUCUCUGUCGUCUAGACGCAAAACCAAGUCGCGUAGAAAGAGCAAUGAACAUUUCGCAGCAUAUCUUGCUUUAAAAUCGGAUAUAAGUUUCUUACAGACGCCGGACGUCAAAAGAUUAGAUGAUUCAGUGAAAGAAUUUAUUACGCCAUGUAUUGUUUCUAAAAAUAUCACUACGAGUAUGUCAACAAAAUUGCUAUCGGAAUUGAAUUCGUUAUAUAAGAAUUCUCCAAUAUGAUAAAAGUCUGUCUCAGGUUCGUUUAUAGUUUCUUAUAUGCGAGUAUGUCCAUUGUAAAGGAAAUGUUGAUUAACUAAUUUGUACUUUUAUAAUAUGCUCCAUAUAUUACAACAAUUUUGCAUUAAUGGCAAAUUUUAAGUAUAAUUGAAAAUGUGCCUGUUUAUACACAUAUAUCAUAAGUUUAACUAGUUUCCGUAAUAGGAGACUUCUAUUUGUAUAUUUUUUCAAUAUUUCGAUUUGAAUUAUAUUUCGAUGCUAUAUUAAUUGUAAAAAAUCUUUACAAGAUAAAAGUAUGAAUAACAUAAAAUGACAGCUUGAAGCAAGUUGACCUUUUAAUACAGUAUUUAUUAUAAUAACAUAUAACAAAAUGGUAUUUCUGUUAGAAAUGCAUAAUACUCCUCAAAUUAUUUAUGUCUUCUUGAGCGUUAGUGUACCGUUAUAUUAUUGAAAAUAAAAUCAAUUUUCAGAA